UUACUUAUUUUUUCAUUGUUUUUGGACGGUGUGGGCUCAAGGGGUUGAAUUGCUUUCAUGUUCAUUCCCUUUAAUGUGUAAUUUGGUUGCUUUCUGGAUGUACGGAAACGGCAAAGAGCACUUUCUAUCUGGUUACAUGCUUCCCUUUUGAAGGGUCAGUGUAAUUAGUUUUACAUCGUCUAAAAGAACAAACAUGAAUGGUUGCUGUCCAAAAAAUAAAUAAAUAAAUAAAAAAUUAUACCCACGAACUUGUGUAGGACCCUUUAAAAAUCCAUUGGCUUUGAACCACCCUUACCCCUUUUUAUCUUUCCAUGAAUCCUCUUUGACAUUCCAGCUACCAAACAUCCAAUAUAAACUUUCCCCUCACUCUAAUGUCGGAAUAUCAUGUACACGUGUCAGAAACCCAGUUCACUCUUCCACUUUUUCUCCUCACAACACAAAAAUCAGAUAACAUGCACACAUGCAAACUCAUACCUUGACCACCCAAAACCCACUUUCAUACUCUUCUUCCUCUCUCUCACCAACCCAAUUACCCAAAACAAAAGAAAGAAAUAUGGUCUAAAUGCUUGCCGCCGGCGAGUUAACCGGUCUCGAUAACCGGCCGGAGCCGACCCAAGUAGAGCCAACGACACCAAGAGUGUUAACCAUAUUGUCGUUUGUGUUAGAGAAGCUAGUGGAUCGAAACGAAAGUAUUGUAGAAGUCCUGAGCCACCAGCAGCAGCAACUCGAUGGGCUGAGCUGCGGUGGACCGGGUCAGGUCGGAAAGAGCUUGAACGCUUUCCAUGGUGUGAGAGCACCGAGUAUAAGCAUAGGCAAGUACUUGGAGAGGCUAUACAAGUACACCUACUGUAGUCCAUCUUGUUUUGUGGUUGGAUAUGUUUAUAUAGAUAGGCUUAUGCACAAACACCCUGAUUCAUUGGUCGUUUCCUUGAGCGUUCAUAGGUUGCUCAUCACCAGCGUCAUGGUUGCCUCCAAGAUGCUCGACGAUAUGCACUAUAACAAUGCAUUCUAUGCGAGGGUUGGGGGAGUUAGCAAUACUGAAUUAAACAGACUGGAAUUGGAGUUGCUUUUUUUGCUGGAUUUUGGAGUAACAGUCAGCUCUAGAGUGUUUGAGAGUUAUUGCUUGCACUUAGAAAAAGAAAUGAUGCUGAAUGGUGCUUGCCAAAGGAUUGAAAGGGCAAUUGCUGUGGACGAUGUGACUGAAAUUUCAGUGGAAGAUACACAGACUUCCUCACUAUCAUCUCAGAUAGACUGAUCCUAGCAGAGUGCUUCAAACUUUUUUUCCUUUUUUUCUUUUUCUUUUCCUUUUUCUUUUCUUUUCUUUUUUUUUUUUUUUUUGGUUGGAAAUUAAGAAACUAAGUUACUGUUGGAUUUUGAAGUUUAUAUUUCCAAGUAAUUUGAAUAUAUAUGGAUACCCUUUUUGGUUUU